AUGGUGGGUCUUCCUGCUCGUGGCAAAACAUACCUCGCCAAGAAAAUCCAACGCUAUCUGCGAUGGUUAGGAAUUGACACUGAGAUAUUCAAUGUGGGAUGCGAACGACAAAAACUGGCGAAUCGGAUCGAUCACACCUUUUUCGACUUUCACAACGCAAAUGGAAUGAGUCAACGUGAGCAAGCAGCAGAAGCAACGUUAACAGCCAUGAUGGAUUGGUUCGAUGAAGGGAAAGGAACGGUGGCUAUUUAUGAUGGCACCAAUUGUACACGAGCACGAAGGACAUGGAUACACAAGCAACUCGCAUCACGAGGGAUUGAAGUGCUCUUUAUCGAAUCCAUAUGCCAAGAUGAAAGCAUCAUUCAAAGCAACAUCCAAGAUAUCAUAUCCAAGAACCCUGAUUACCACGACAUGGACCCUGCUGUUGCCGAAGCCGAUUUCAAACAACGUGUCAAGCAUUACGAGGAGAUGUAUGAGACCAUUACAGAAGAUCACCUGACCUAUCUAAAGAUCAUCGACGCCAAUCAGCAAUGUAUCAUCAAUCUUGUUCGAGGCUACCUUGAAAGUCGCAUUGUCUACUUUUUGAUGAAUGUCAAAAUCCGUCCCAAGAGCAUUUGGUUUAGUCGACAUGGCGAGUCGCAGUUCAAUGUGGAAGACAAGAUUGGUGGUGAUGCUGAUUUAUCAUCCAGAGGACAAAUGUACGCCGCUCGUCUACCUGAUUUGAUCAAGGAGCAUGUUGGGGAUCGGUCAUUGACCGUAUGGACAUCAUCAAUGAAGCGAACAAUACAAACAGCCAGCCAUCUUCCAUAUCCCAAGAAAUCGUGGAAAGCAUUGGAUGAAUUGAAUACAGGUGUUUGUGAUGGGAUGACCUAUGCAGAAAUCGAGGAGAAGUAUCCAGAAGAUUUUGCACGUCGUGAUGAGGAUAAAUUCAAUUAUCGAUAUAGAGGUGGUGAGAGCUACCGUGAUCUUGUUCUUCGAGUGGAGCCAAUUAUCAUGGAGCUUGAACGACAUGACAACAUUCUAUUAGUGGCGCAUCAAGCAACACUUCGAUGUAUCUUUGCCUACUUUCUCGAUGUUGGACAUGAUGAAUUACCUUAUAUCAAAGUUCCUCUACAUACGCUGAUCGAGUUGAUACCCAAUGCACAUGGCUGCGAAAAGCAUUAUUACAGAGGCAAUAUUGAAGCUGUGGAUACGUUUAGACCCAAGGGUGAUCGUGUGACUAAGCUAAAGGAUACAGAUGCUAGCAAUGCAGGUGCCAUUGGUGAAAUUGCUGAUGCCAAAAACCCAAUCUUGCCACUAAGUCCUAAGCUAUACCCGAAGAGAUUGAAAGAAUCCACUACACAUUAG